GGUUCAGCUACGCCUCGAAUUGAUUUGAUGACGAUACAUCUGAAUUUUUCUACCCUCAAUUUUCAGGCGCCAAUAUCUGACCCAGCAAUUAUACCUGAAGCGGGCAUGCAAUCAACCUAACCACCUUAACCGUCAACCAGCAAUAUAAACAGGACGAGCGCAGGCCUGCAUACACUCUCCCCCUGCCCUCAGGUUUCCCUCCUUUGCAACCGAAAACCGCUCAUUCUUACCACAUCUUUCCCCGAAACCUUGGACUUGCAUUUGAGGUGCAAGUCGUGCCACAGUCGACAACCUGGAGGACCUUCAAGGUGUAUUUUCUUAUUCUCCUAACGAGCUCACAUCCGCCAACAUGAGUGUGGCUUAUCAGCCACGGACCUACUUCAAUGAUGGUGGCUAUCCGCCCAUGGACGGACAGCAACCCAUGGACAGCCACCCGGCCUUGGACAAUCAUCACCCCAUGGAUGGUCAUCACCAGCAACUUCCCGCGGCAGCCUCCGAGGAAGGCCGGCAUGCAGACACCGGCGAUGCCCUUGUAAACGUACUUACAAACGCCGCCACAACAACCCCUGAGGAUGAGCCAGCAACCGCUGUGACAGCACCCCGUCGCAAGGCCAUCCCCAAGCCAGAUCGAGAGGUUACAAGGAAUGCGUCGGGGAUGUUCGUGUGUACCUGGCCGGACUGUUCCGACCAGAUCAAAGAGUUCAAGCGCAGGUGCGAGUGGGACAAACAUAUGGACAAGCACGAGAGGCCAUAUAAGUGUCCCGAGAAGGCUUGCGAAAGGGUACUGGGGUUCACGUACCCGGGCGGUCUGUCCCGACACAUGCGGGAGGUGCAUCUCAUCGGCCUCGACGACAACGAGCGCUUGUACUGUACUGAGCAAAACUGCAAGCGCAACGUCGGCAAGGGCAAGUGGUUUACAAGGCAGGAGAAUUUGGAUGAGCACUUGCACCGGGUGCACGGGAUUGACCCCAAGGCCAAGAAGGACAGCCGCGAGGGAAGCCAGACCCACGGCAGCGACCAAAACGGCAACGACGCGGCGGCGGCAGGACAGAAGCGGAAGCGAGCCGACGACAGUGACUUGCGCGACGAGGUUAAGCGCCUGCGAGAAGAAAACGACCGGUUGCUGAAGCAGCUCAACGAGCACAUGGCGAUGGAGCACGCCAUGAAGGAGAGAAUGCAGGCGCUCGAGCAGCAGCUCAACGCGACGACGGUAGUGGCGUCUCCGGAAACAGGAUACCAGAUGACGACAGCGCCACCGACCCCGAUGCCACCCGCGUCGCAAGCCCCCGUGGCGAAUGCGUCACUGGACUCCGUGGCGAACGCGGCACAGGAACCCAUGGUGGAAACGUCACAGGCUCCUAUGGCUGACGCGUCGCUGAUUCCCGUGGCGGAGGCGUCACACGCUUGUGGCGCGAAUUUUUCUGCCUUUCCCGCGGACUUCGCGUGAUGCCUGCCACCAUCGUGGACCUGGACGAGGGCAUGAUCGUCGAAGUUUGUUUUUUCUUCUAUCUUUACUUUGCUACAAUAUCUGGCGCGUCUCGCUGAAUGAUUCGCCCCCCGCCCUUUCCCCCCCCCCCUCCCCUCGCUUGUUUUAAUUUUUUUUCCUUUUUUUCCUUUUUUUACAUGGAGUAUCAUUUACAUGCAUGCGCAUGGAGUUCCGGCAAUUUCUCUUUUGUCAUUUCUGGGAUGCAUCCCCUGUCCUCAACGGUUCGAUGUCCUUGGCGUUUCCGGUCGGGCACAGGUAGAACGAUACCCAACUCGGAGGACUUUU